CGCGGCACCGCCGGGCUGUGGAGGCGAGAUAGCGGCUGGACCUGAGCGCCGCAGGUGACCCGGGCAGGGAGUCCGGUGCGCGGAGCCGGCUGAGAAGGAGCAGGCUGGAGGCGCGCCCCCGUCCCCCCUCUUAGCUUGGUUGUCUCCUAGCCUAGGCACUGGGCUGAGGGGACACGGCGAGCUCCCAGACGCGCGAGGCUCCCGGACGGCCGGCGGCGCUCGCGGCCCUCAGCAUGUUUGGUGAGGCGAGGCUUUUCCUCCCGCCCGUGGGCUGAGGCGACGACGGCGGCCACGCAAGCGAGAUGCACCUGCCGGGCUCGGCUUAGAGGAGCGUCCCGGCCGCCAGCGGGAGAGCUUUCGUCACCCGGCCCCGGCGGCGACCGCGGGCCCGAGCCGCAGCGACGGGUGGGCGCACCGACAUGGCGGCUCGGAGCGCCCCGAGCUGCCACCUGCGGCUCGAGUGGGUGUACGGCUACCGGGGCCACCAGUGCCGCAACAACCUCUACUACACCGCGGCCAAGGAGAUCGUGUACUUCGUGGCGGGGGUCGGCGUCGUGUAUAGCCCGCGGGAGCAUCGGCAGAAGUUCUACCGCGGCCACAGCGACGACAUCAUCAGUCUCGCACUGCAUCCUGAGCGCGUGUUGGUAGCAACAGGACAAGUUGGGAAAGAGCCUUACAUCUGUGUUUGGGAUUCUUACACGGUCCAGACUGUGUCGGUUCUGAAGGACGUUCAUACACAUGGUAUAGCUUGUUUAGCAUUUGACUUGGAUGGACAGCGCUUGGUUUCAGUUGGACUCGAUUCAAAGAAUGCAGUUUGUGUUUGGGACUGGAAAAGGGGGAAAAUGCUGUCUAUGGCUCCUGGUCACACAGACAGAAUAUUUGAUAUUUCUUGGGAUUUGUACCAGCCAAAUAAGCUCGUCAGCUGCGGCGUUAAACACAUCAAGUUCUGGAGUUUGUGUGGAAAUGCUCUGACCCCAAAACGAGGAGUUUUUGGUAAAACAGGUGACCUUCAGACAAUAUUGUGCCUAGCCUGUGCUCGGGACGAACUAACAUAUUCUGGUGCACUCAAUGGCGAUAUAUAUGUUUGGAAAGGAAUCAAUCUUAUACGAACAAUACAAGGAGCCCAUACUGCAGGGAUUUUUAGUAUGAAUGCUUGUGAAGAAGGCUUUGCUACUGGAGGCAGAGAUGGCUGUAUUCGUCUUUGGGAUUUAACUUUUAAACCAAUUACUGUGAUUGAUCUCAGGGAAACAGAACAGGGAUACAAAGGUUUAUCUGUGAGGAGUGUUUGUUGGCGAGGUGACCACAUUUUAGUGGGAACACAGGACAGUGAAAUUUUUGAAAUUGUUGUGCAUGAAAGAAAUAAACCUUUCCUAAUUAUGCAAGGGCAUUGCGAAGGUGAACUUUGGGCGCUUGCUGUUCACCCUACUAAGCCUUUGGCUGUAACUGGAAGUGAUGAUCGUUCAGUCAGGAUUUGGAGCCUUGUAGAUCACGCUCUAAUAGCGAGAUGUAAUAUGGACGAGCCAAUCCGAUGUGCCGCUGUCAAUGCCGACGGAGUCCACCUCGCCCUUGGAAUGAAGGAUGGCUCACUCACUGUCCUUAGAGUGAGAGAUAUGACUGAAGUUGUACAUAUUAAAGACAGGAAAGAAGCAAUCCAUGAGCUGAAAUAUUCUCCAGAUGGCACUUACCUUGCGGUUGGCUGCAAUGACAGCUCAGUUGACAUCUAUGGAGUUGCUCAGCGUUACAAAAAAGUGGGUGAAUGCGUCGGUUCCCUUAGCUUCAUCACUCAUUUGGAUUGGUCUUCAGACAGUAAAUACUUACAGACAAAUGACGGCAGUGGGAAACGACUUCUCUACAAGAUGCCAGGAGGAAAGGAAGUGACAAGCAAAGAAGAAGUAAAAGGCAUGCACUGGGCUUCAUGGACGUGUGUUGCAGGCCUUGAAGUCAAUGGAAUUUGGCCCAAGUAUUCAGAUAUCAAUGAUAUAAACUCAGUAGAUGGAAACUAUGUUGGCCAGGUUUUAGUUACAGCUGAUGACUAUGGAGUUGUAAAAUUAUUCCGAUAUCCAUGUUUAAGAAAAGGGGCCAAGUUCAGAAAAUACAUUGGCCAUUCAGCUCAUGUAACUAAUGUCAGAUGGUCACAUGAUUACCAGUGGGUUAUUUCUAUUGGUGGAGCGGAUCACUCUGUCUUUCAGUGGAAAUUUAUUCCUGAGAGAAAAUUAAAAGAUGCUCUUCACAUAGCACCGCAAGAAAGUCUGACUGAGUCCAACAGCGAUGAAUCAGAUUCAGAUCUGUCUGAUGUUCCAGAACUAGACUCUGAGAUUGAGCAAGAGACACAGCUUACUUACCACCGGCAGGUUUACAAAGAAGAUCUACCUCAACUCAAAGAACAAUGCAAAGAGAAGCAGAAAAGUGCUACUUCUAAACGAAGAGAACGUGCUCCAGGAAAUAGUAUUCGAUUACACUUCAUUCAUGGUUACAGAGGUUAUGACUGUCGAAGCAAUCUUUUCUACACUCAAAUUGGUGAAAUUGUGUACCAUGUAGCAGCAGUGGGUGUCAUAUAUAAUAGACAGCAGAACACUCAGCGUUUUUACUUGGGUCAUGAUGAUGAUAUCCUGUGUCUGGCUAUUCAUCCUUUGAAAGACUAUGUGGCAACAGGCCAGGUUGGUAGAGAUCCCUCAAUUCACGUCUGGGACACAGAAACCAUUAAACCAUUGUCUAUAUUAAAGGGCUACCACCAAUAUGGCAUCUGUGCUGUGGAUUUCUCAGCUGAUGGGAAACGCCUGGCUUCAGUUGGAAUAGAUGAUAGCCACACCAUUGUAUUGUGGGAUUGGAAGAAAGGGGAGAAACUUUCAGUGGCAAGAGGCAGUAAAGAUAAGAUUUUUGUUGUGAAAAUGAACCCCUAUGUGCCUGAUAAACUAAUUACAGCUGGGAUUAAACACAUGAAAUUUUGGCGUAGAGCAGGGGGAGGGCUAAUUGGAAGAAAAGGCUACGUCGGCACUCUGGCGAAAAACGACACAAUGAUGUGUGCAGUGUACGGAUGGACUGAAGAGAUGGCUUUUUCUGGAACAUCCACAGGAGAUGUAUGCAUCUGGAGAGAUGUCUUUCUUGUAAAAACAGUUAAAGCCCAUGAUGGGCCCGUGUUCAGUAUGCACGCAUUGGAGAAAGGAUUUGUAACUGGAGGAAAAGAUGGCGUGGUAGCCCUUUGGGAUGAUUCCUUUGAAAGAUGUCUCAAGACUUACGCUAUAAAAAGAGCUGAUUUAGCCCCAGGAUCUAAAGGUCUGCUCUUGGAAGAUAACCCAUCUAUACGUGCCAUAUCAUUAGGACAUGGUCAUAUUCUGGUUGGCACAAAGAACGGUGAGAUAUUGGAAGUGGAUAAAAGUGGCCCAGUCACUCUGCUGGUCCAGGGACACAUGGAAGGAGAGGUGUGGGGUUUGGCCACACAUCCUUAUCUGCCCAUCUGUGCUACUGUAAGUGAUGAUAAGACCUUAAGAAUAUGGGAUCUCUCUCCUAGUCAUUGUAUGUUGGCAGUCCGGAAACUGAAGAAGGGUGGGCGGUGCUGCUGCUUUUCCCCUGAUGGCAAAGCUUUGGCUGUAGGACUCAAUGAUGGCAGCUUCUUGAUGGCCAAUGCAGACACUCUAGAGGAUCUUGUGUCCUUUCACCACAGAAAAGAUGUUAUUUCAGACAUCCAGUUUUCACCUGGUUCUGGGAAAUACCUCGCUGUGGCGUCCCAUGACAGCUUCGUUGAUAUAUACAACGUGACAAGUAGCAAGCGAGUUGGGGUUUGCAAAGGAGCAACGAGCUACAUCACCCACAUCGACUGGGACAGCAGAGGAAAGCUUUUACAGGUCAACACUGGUGCUAAAGAACAGCUAUUCUUCGAAGCUCCCAGAGGGAAAAAACAAACCAUCCCCAGUGUGGAGGUGGAAAAAAUUAGUUGGGCGACAUGGACAAGUGUACUUGGUUUAUGUUGUGAAGGAAUUUGGCCAAUAAUUGGAGAAGUCACAGAUGUAACCGCCUCUUGCCUCACCAGUGACAAAAUGGUCCUAGCUACAGGGGAUGACUUGGGAUUCGUGAAGCUGUUCAGAUACCCAGCUAAAGGAAAAUUUGGAAAGUUUAAGAAGUAUGUGGCUCACAGCACACACGUCACAAAUGUUCGCUGGACUUACGAUGACAGCAUGCUGGUUACCCUGGGAGGAGCAGAUAUGUCCUUAAUGGUAUGGACAAACGAAGUGGAGAGACAUCGGGAAAAGAAGAAUUGUGACAGUGAAGAGUCUGAUACAGAUUCUGAAGAAGAUGGAGGCUAUGACAGCGAUGUUACAAGAGAGAAUGAAAUUAGCUACACCAUCAGAGCCUUAUCAACUAAUAUCCGCCCAAUGUUUGGAGUCAAGCCUCAUCUGCAACAGAAAGAGCCCUCAGUUGAUGAAAGACAGGGGGUAGUAAGAGGAUCCAGGCCUCCAGUGAGUAGGGCCCCACCACAGCCCGAGAAACUUCAGUCAAACAAUGUAGGCAAGAAGAAGAGACCCAUAGAGGACCUUGUGUUGGAGCUCGCUUUUGGCUAUCGGGGCAGAGACUGCAGGAACAAUGUGCACUACUUAAAUGACGGUGAUGAUAUAAUUUAUCACACCGCCUCUGUUGGAAUUCUGCACAAUGUUGCCACAGGGACUCAGAGUUUUUAUCAAGAGCAUAAUGAUGAUAUUCUGUGCCUCACUGUAAACCAGCACCCCAAGUUUAUCAACAUAGUGGCAACUGGCCAAGUAGGUGAUUCUGCAGACAUGUCAGCUACAGCCCCAUCUGUCCACAUCUGGGAUGCAGUGAACAAGCAGACGUUGUCUAUACUAAGAUGCUCCCAUUCAAAGGGCGUGUGUUCUGUCAGCUUCAGUGCCACUGGGAAGCUGCUGCUGUCUGUAGGGCUGGACCCAGAGCACACUGUCACCAUUUGGAGAUGGCAGGAAGGGGCCAAAAUUGCCAGCAGAGGUGGGCACAACCAACGUAUUUUUGUAGCAGAAUUUCGACCAGAUUCAGAUACCCAGCUUGUCUCUGUGGGUAUAAAGCACGUGAAGUUCUGGACCCUGGCAGGAAGGGCUCUUCUCAGCAAAAAGGGGCUUCUGAGCACCUUGGAGGAUGCCCGGAUGCAGACGAUGCUUGCUGUUGCAUUUGGUGCAAAUAACUUGACGUUUACAGGUACCAUCAGUGGUGAUGUCUGUGUGUGGAAAGAUCACAUAUUGUGUAGAGUGGUGGCUAGAGCGCACAAUGGGCCUGUGUUUGCCAUGUACACCACCCUGCGAGAUGGACUGAUUGUGACCGGUGGCAAAGAAAGGCCGUCAAAGGAAGGAGGCGCGGUUAAACUGUGGGAUCAGGAACUGCGGCGAUGCCGGGCCUUCAGGCUUGAGACGGGACAAGUCACAGAUUGUGUUCGGUCUGUGUGCAGAGGCAAAGGCAAGAUACUAGUUGGAACAAGGAAUUCGGAAAUAAUUGAAGUUGGGGAGAAAAAUGCAGCAUGUAAUAUUUUAGUUAAUGGUCAUGUGGAUGGACCAAUCUGGGGACUAGCAACACAUCCUUCCAGGGAUUUUUUCCUUUCUGCUGCUGAAGAUGGAACAGUGAGACUCUGGGACAUUGCUGAUAAAAAGAUGCUAAACAAAGUGAAUUUGGGACAUGCUGCUCGGACAGUAUGUUACAGCCCCGAAGGGGACAUGGUGGCUAUUGGAAUGAAAAAUGGAGAAUUUAUUAUACUACUUGUGAGUUCUCUAAAAAUAUGGGGAAAGAAGAGAGACAGGCGAUGUGCAAUCCAUGAUAUCAGAUUUAGUCCAGAUUCCCGGUAUUUGGCAGUGGGUUCCAGUGAGAACUCAGUGGACUUUUAUGACCUGACAUUGGGUCCCACCCUUAACAGAAUCAGCUACUGCAAAGACAUUCCAAGCUUUGUCAUUCAGAUGGACUUCUCUGCAGAUAGCAGACAUCUCCAGGACAGGUUUCUAGUGGCUGCUAUAAACGGCAUGUCUAUGAAGUGCCUUCAGGAAAACACCUUGUGGAUCAUGCUGCCAUUGACAGGAUCACGUGGGCUACCUGGACUAGGUAAACAACUUUUGAGGUUUGUUAGAAAGUUGGAAAAUGUUGGCUAGGGAGGAAGCUCAGUAGCAGAGUGCUUUUCUAUCACCAACAUGUUUGAGCAGAAAGCAGGAAAACACAGCCUUAGGCAUUGUGGCUCAAAUUUUGUUGUCCUAGCAUGUGGGAGGCAGAGAGAGUUGUUUCAGGUUCUAGGCAGGCUUGAUUUACAUAAUGAAACGGAGGCUACUCAGGGAUAUAUGGCAAGACCAGCUCAAAAACAAAAACAAACAAACAAAAACAAACCCAAAAACCAAACGUAGGUUAGCCUUAUUUUUGAACUCUACAAGGGGACACAUGAGUUUGUCAUCCUAUCUCAAAAUCUUAGAGAACAAUGGCAUGCGGAUUCUGGGACCCCUUCUGACUCAACAGUGUCCCUAUACUCUUAUCAGUCAGUUUCCACGGCUCAACAAGUUCUUGAAAAGAACGUGUAAUGACCUUGAAGACUUCAUGGCAUUUUUUCUAAACUGCCAACACUGAUGUACACCUUUAACCCAGCACUGGGAAGGCAGAGCAAUAGAGUUUGUUUAGUGAUUAAACUGUUUAUGCUAUCUAUAGUGCAUUUGUUUUCCCUCUAUCUAGUAUUCUAGGCGAUGAAGUUAUGGGAAUCUGGUCCAGACAUGCUGAGAAGGCAGAUGUUACCUGUGCCUGUGUGUCUCACUCAGGAAUCAGCCUUGUGACAGGAGAUGACUUUGGCAUGGUUAAAUUAUAUGACUUUCCAUGCCCAGAAAAAUUUGUAAGUCUUUUUAGCAUUUUGUAUUACUUUAGUUGAAUUUUAAAUGAGUCACUCUUUUUUAACCACGUAUUUUAUAACAUUGCGGUUCUAACAUGAAAAUACUGCAAUUUUUAUUUCUAAGGGUUUCUUCAAACUUCCUUAACACCCAAAGUAAAAUCUACUAGAAACAGAUCUUUCAGGUUUGGCAUGGUGGUACUCACCUUUGAUCCCAGCACAGGAGAGGCGAAGCAGAGGGGCAAGGCAGGCAGGUGGAUUUCUAAAUUCAAGGAUAGCCUAAUAGUUAAGACCCUGUCUCAAAAAAACCAAAAAUCCAAACCAAACCAAACCAAAACAAAACAAAAAAAGCAAACAAAAAACCCAAACCUUCCCCAUAGUCUUUGGAAACUCAUAGGAAAGUUCUAAUGAACUUUUAUGAAUCAAAUCUAUAAUCAAUUACAGAUUCCAACACCCACUCCCCACCCCACAUUCUUCACAGAAAAGAAGAUGACUGUCCGUGUUGUAUGCAGACCUGUAAACUUUACAAUAAUCCCCACUCUGGUGAUGAAUCACAGUUUGUUAUUGGAGUUUUUGUAUAGGUAACUGCUAAGGGAGCUUUGUCUGUUUCCACUUUAGGCAAAACACAAGAGGUUCUUGGGUCAUUCCCCUCAUGUGACAAAUAUUCGAUUUACCAGUGGUGAUCGACAUGUUGUCAGUGCUGGAGGCGAUGACUGCAGGU